AGGGUAGUGUUCCUCCGGAAUGCCUGCCCUUUUUAUAAAUCGUGCAGAAGUGUACGCAUCCAGUUCCGCACCCGACGCACUGAAACACCAGAGGAAUUCCUUUCCAGUUGGAGCUGAAUCCACGCUGCAUAGCGGGUCGUCCUAGGGAGAUUCGCACAUCAAUAAGCUACCUCAACUCCAACAACCAGUCUGAAAAUUACUCGACAUAUGCACCGUGUUUUUAUUUUAUUUAUUUUAUUUUAUUUUUUUGCUAGGUCAUUGAAUUUUUUUCCCCCAGAAAUCUUAAGAAGAAAGAAUCCGUCGUGACGGGCUGUGCACACUCAAAAGCAUGGACACGAGGAGCUUGGUGUGGUGGCAGUGGUGGAAUGUGGCUGUGGUGCUGUAUUUAUGGGUUUGGGUACCUAUGUGCCUGAGCCAGGCCACCCCCUCCCCCCAACAGCAAGGUGAGAAGCUGAAGUUCCGGCUGGCAGGCUACCCCCGCAAACACAACGAAGGCCGUGUGGAGAUCUUCUACAAGGGCGAGUGGGGUACCAUCUGUGAUGAUGAUUUUACCCUGGAGAAUGCACGUGUGCUAUGCCGACAGAUGGGCUUUGUUGGUGCUACCGGUUGGAGGCACAGUGCUAAGUAUGGCCCAGGGACAGGGAAGAUCUGGCUGGAUAAUGUCCAGUGCAGCGGCACUGAGAAGAGCAUUGAGUUCUGCCAGUCCCGAGGGUGGGGCAACAGUGACUGCACCCACGAUGAGGACGCAGGUGUGAUCUGCAAGGAUGAAAGACUGCCAGGCUUCAUCGAGUCCAACAUCAUUGAGAUGCAGGUGGAUGAGAAUCGCCUGGAGGAGAUUCGGCUGCGCCCUCUGUUAGACGGAACAGCAAAGAGGCUGCCCAUAACAGAGGGCAUUGUGGAAGUGAAGUACAAGGAGGGCUGGGCCCAGAUCUGUGAUGUGGGCUGGACGUCUAAGAACUCCAGAGUCAUCUGUGGCAUGAUGGGAUUCCCCAGUGAAAAGAAAACCAAGAAGAAUCUGUACAAACAAAUCAAAAUGAGGGCUACAAAGACAAAACCCAAAGUUAUUGGUUCUUCUGCUACCAGGGAAAGCCCCAAACCUAACGAUAGAGCUAAAUCUAAGGCCCAAAAGAGAGAGUUGGGGGCAGGCAAAAGGAUGCUCGGUGACCGAGGGCAGGUAAACUACCGCAUCCACUCUGUGGCCUGCACAGGAAACGAGGUGCACCUGUCUGUCUGUUCCAUGGAGUUCAGCAAAGCCAAUGUCAGCGUGCCCUGUCAGGGGGGCAGGCCUGUCGUGGUCAGCUGCGUCGCAGGGCCACAGUUCUCACAGAUCUCUGGAAAGAAGCCAAAGAUCAAGCAGGUCACAGUGAGGCUGAAGGGGGGCUGGAAGGUGGGAGAAGGACGUGUGGAGGUUCUGAAGAACAACGAGUGGGGCACGGUGUGCGAUGACCGCUGGAACCUGCAGUCGGCCAGCGUUGUGUGCAGGGAGCUUGGCUUCGGCACUGCCAAGGAGGCCCUGACGGGGGCACGCAUGGGGCAGGGACUGGGUCCUAUCCACAUGAAUGAAGUCCUGUGUUCCGGGCAGGAGAAAUCCCUGUGGAACUGCCCUUUCAAGAACAUCACGUCUGAGAACUGCCACCAUUUAGAAGACGCCUCUGUCAAGUGCAACGUGCCUUAUAUUGGCUUCGAGAAAACGAUAAACAUCACAGGGGGGCGUACACGCUUUGAGGGGCGAGUGGAACUUCUGAAUCCUGACGCAAACGGAACUGAAGGUUGGGGGUUGAUCUGUGGAGAGGGCUGGACCACACGGGAGGCCAUGGUGGUCUGCAGACAGCUGGGGCUAGGCUACGCUAACGGUGCCCUGAAAGUCCGGAUUGUGGGUGGACGGACGGAUUAUGAGGGUCGAUUGGAGGUUAAGGUGGGGUCCGGGUGGGGCACAAUCUGCAGCGAGGGCUGGACCACGCGAGAGGCUAUGGUAGCCUGCAGACAGCUGGGGCUUGGCUACUCCCUGCAUGCAAUCACUGAAACGUGGUACUGGGACAGCAGCAACGUGACGGAUGUGGUGAUGAGCGGGGUCAAGUGUGCCGGGGACGAGAUGAGGAUCAGCGACUGCCAGCAUCACAAGAGCGUGAGCUGCAAAAAGGCUGGAACGCGCUUCGCUGCUGGUGUCAUCUGCUCAGAGACGGCCUCUGACCUGAUUCUCCAUGCCCCUCUGGUGGAGCAGACAGUGUACAUCGAGGACCGACCCCUGCACAUGCUCUACUGUGCCGCGGAAGAGGACUGCCUCUCCAAAUCCGCCGCCAAGGCCAACUGGCCCUACGGCCAUCGCCGCCUGCUGCGCUUCUCUUCACAGAUCCACAACAUCGGCCGCGCCGACUUUCGCCCCAAGGCUGGGCGCCACUCCUGGGUGUGGCACGAAUGCCAUAGGCACUAUCACAGCAUGGACAUCUUCACCCACUAUGACCUGCUGUCCAUCAAUGGCACUAAAGUGGCAGAUGGCCACAAGGCCAGUUUCUGUCUGGAGGACACAGACUGCCAUGAAGGAAUUUCGAAACGCUAUGAGUGCGCAAACUUUGGUGAGCAAGGCAUCACAGUGGGCUGCUGGGAUCAGUACCGACAUGAUAUCGACUGCCAGUGGAUCGAUAUUACUGAUGUCAAACCAGGAAACUACAUAUUACAAGUGGUGAUAAACCCCAACUUUGAAGUAGCGGAGAGUGACUUCACCAACAAUGCCAUGAAAUGCAACUGCAAAUAUGAUGGCCAUCGUGUUUGGCUGCACAAAUGCCAUCUUGGUGACUCAUUCAGUGAAGAGGCAGAGAAGAAGUUUGAAAAGUAUCCUGGGCAGCUAAAUAACCAGAUCUCUUAAUUCAGCUGGACGUCUUCCUGAGUUAUUCUAUAGCUCGGAAGUCCGGAGUGGGCGUAUUUAAGACCCAGAUAUGUAGUUUGUGUGGUCUGUGAUAGUGCCCAACACUUAUCAACUGAAUUCAGUUGCACCUCCGACCUGGGACUAACAACCAUCAGUCAUUCAGAAGUUCAAACACAGAGCGAUAUAAGACUAGCUGAUGUGAAAUUAUAGUUUAUUUUUUUAUUUUUCUCGCUAAACAUGACCCAUCACAAAUGCUGUGCAAUUAUUUCACAGUAACCAUGUCAGUUAUCCAAGUAGUAGUGCGACACUUUGGAAUAUAAAGUUUUUUUAUUUUAUUUUUUAUAUAAUUGCCAUGCAGCUUUGUAUAUUCUGAACUAGCUAUGAAAAAAACCUGAUUUCAUAGAGUAUGUUCUUAUUUUUUAUGAAUAUUAAUGCACAACCAAAAUGAAGAAUGUUUGUGUGUGAGUUUUAUAUGAGGAUUUUAACCUGUUUUGAUUUACAGCUGGGAUUGCAAUACAUCCCUUGGGAUACUGCAAUGUAUUGGAAUUUACAGGGUGCAUAUAAGCACCUCAAGAUACCCAACCAGACUGGUGCUGUUUUGUUCCUCAUACAUAUUUAGUUUCAACAGAGGUACCAUUACUAUCACGUCUUGGUAUUCUGUGGUAUAUAUGUAAACAUCUAUCAGAAGCUAUGAGUAGAUAAUAAAUAAUCAAUUCAUAAAUGAAGACAGCUAGUUCAUUUAAAAAUUUGAAUGUUGGACUCAGUAGAAGCAAGACUCUGAUGUUGCAUUGUGAAACUUAUAUUCAAACUUCAAAUUUGACAGCAGUUGCAUUUGUAGUCAUGAACACAAUGAGGAAAAUUACUCAUGGCAAUAAGGGUAAAUUUUGAGACCUCGCUAUUACCUUCAGAUUCUGACAACACAUUUUACAUCAAUACAGCCCUAAUCUGAGCCUUGUAUUAAUGCUCACAAAAAUGAACACACAUGCACUUACACAUGCACGUGCACACACACACACACACACACACGUUUCCUUGAUUUGGCUCUGUACUCCAAUUUUAGAUUUCACAUUCACAUGCGGUUAAAGUGCAGAUUCUCAGCUUUUAUGAAAGGGUAUACAUUUUGGUUUCACUGAGUAGAAAUUGCAGCACUUAGCACAUAACACCCUCCCAUUUCCAGGGACCAUAAUGUUUGGGACAUAUUAAGGUUAUGCAAAUGAAAGUAGUCGUGUUUACUAAUUUGCCACAUAUCCUUUGCAUACAUUGACUGCUUGAAGUCUGUGACACAUAGUCAUCACUAGAUGUUGUGUAUCUUCUCUGGUGAUGCUCUGCCAGACCUGUAUUGCAGCCACCUAUAGCUCCUGCUUGCUUUGCGGCUAGUUGCCUUAAGUUUUCUCUUCAGCAUACCUGCAUAUGAAGCACAUGCUCAGUUAUAUUCAGAUUGGGUGAAUGAGUUGACCAGAGAAGAAUUUCCAGUUUUUAGCUGCUAAAUCUUUAGUUGAUUUUGCAGUAUGUUUGGGAUCAUUGUUUCGCUAUAUCGGAUGAUGCACCAUCCAAUGAGUUUGGAGGCAUUUGCUUGAACCUGAGAAGACAAGAUGAUUCUACACACUGUACACAUUCUAAUACUGUUAUCAGCAGUUACAUCAUCAAUAAAGAGGAGUGAGCCAGGACCUGUGGCAGCCAUGCAUGCCCAAUCUAAAUACUCCCACCACCAUGUUUCACAGAUGAGGGGAGAGGUGCUUUUGAACUUGGGCAGUUUCUUUUGGCUUGAAUACUUUGCUCUUGCCAUCACUCUGAUUCAAGCUAAUCUUGGUCCUUUUGUCCUCAAGACCUUUUUCCAUCCUGUUUUACAGCUAAUUAGGGGUUUGCAGCAUACAGUGUAGCCUCUGUAGUUCUGUUCAUGAAGUCUUCUGCUGACAGUAGUCACUGACACAUCCAUGCCUGAUUCCUGAAGUUUUUUCUGAUCUGUCAGACAGUUGUCUGGAAGUUUUUCAUCAUAAUGGUGAGAAUUCUUCGGUCAUCACCUGUAGAGGACUUUCUUGAUCUACCAGGCCCUGAGCUCACCAGUACUCUCAUUCUUCUUAACGACAAUCCAAACAUUAAUUUUGGUAAACCUAAGGUUUAGCCUAUGUCUCUGGUUAUUUAUUUUUUAUUUCUCAGCCUUAUAAUGGCUUCCUUAACUUUCAUUGGCACAAUAACUCUGAUCCUCAUGUUGACAAAUGCCAAUAAGUCUCCAAAGGCAAUCAAAAGUCUAGAAUCAAGGCUAGAUACCAAAAGCUGUCUUAUACCUGCACUAAGGAAUCAAUUGUACCGACUUAACUAAGCAGAAACACGUGAAUCCAUUUGUCCCAAACAUUAUGAUGCCUUAAAAUGGGGGGCUGUGUACAGUAAAAAAAAACAUGCUGUAAUUUCUACAUAGUGAAAGCAAAAUGUAUAAAUGCACUUCAUUAAAUUCUGAGAAUCUGCAUUUUAAUCAUAUGUGAAUUGAUUGAUCACAAAUCUAAAAUUGUGUAUCCUCCUGAGACCCAUAGUAGAAUAUUUGUUUUUUGAAAUUAAGACCAGAGACUCAUAUCCCCUACAGGGUACAAAAAAUGAAUUGCUGGGUCUUAUGUAAAUUUUGAUUAUCCAACAGAUUCAUUGAAUGAGUAGCGUACACUUUACAUUCUAUUGCUCUCUCUAAAUGUAGUUUGAUGUCAUUUUACCUCAUUUUCUGUAGUAGUGUUCCUUUUUGAACUUGAAUAUCAGUCUUGAAUGUCAUCCUGUGAUUAGUUUCAUAUCACAUUUUGACACACAAUACUUGUUUUGGUGUCUUGAGGAAAUGUCUCCCAUGCAGAUGGGAGAACUACCAUGGGUGACAAAAGCAUCCUACCUUAUUUUGUUUGAAAGAGAAAAACAAAACAAAAUGAUUUGAUGAGAAUUGUAGCAUAGCAGGCCUUUGUACUGUGGAAAAGUCCACUCUGAAAUAGUCCAUGGUCAUUGUAUACUUAAGCAGGAAUUAAGCUAAAUAGCUUCAGUAUGUUAUAUAUCCAAUAGAACAGGUUAAUGUGGAGAGAAAGGUAAGCAUUGUUAAGCACACUAUGAUAUUUUAAGAAAAUAAUAUGAAAAAAAUCUUGUGAUUAUGCCAUUGCUCAUGUUUACCAUGAAGUGACUGGUGCUGAGUGGUCUCUGAUUACAAUAAUGUUGUCAGGAUUCACUACAAGGAAACUGGGUUGUAAAGAAUAAUAUAAUUAUAUUUUGUAAUAUUUCCAUUUUCAUUAAUGAAUGUGGCUAAAGAAUCCAUUUUUAUGCUACUUUUUCUGUGUACGACUUUCAACUUUGUGAGACCUUAGCAUUUAUAUGAAGUUGAUCAUUCAGGAAGAUGCUAAUUCCUUGUCUAAAUGUGCAUUAAGGCAAAUGGAAACAGCUGCAAUUUGCACAAAACCUAACUUGGAUCUUAGCUGCAUUAAAAAGCAAUCAUUUGGAGUGUCCUGCUGUGUGUCCUUGCUCAGUUUAUGUGACAUUUUUCAAACAAAAGCAAUUUGGAUACCCAGUCUUGAUGGGUCUUUUGCACUGUUAACAUAAAUGUGUUUAGCACCACAAUGUUAAGUAAAUUCACUGCAAUAUUCUAAUGGAAGCAUAACCACUCACAACAAAAUUCUGAGUGGUAUUCAAGCUUCAUUAUUGCUUUGCCUUACAUUUUGGUCAGAAAAGGUGGUGCUAUGCUAUUGUAAUCUCAGGUGAUCCCAAGCAGAGAGACGUGUGCCCUGUGUAAUGUGGAAUAUCAGUAACUCGGUAAUAAAUUGUUCAGUUUGUUCCCCUGGAGAGGUUUACUUCUUUUUACUUUAAAAAUCAACAAAACAUGCGGUUUGACCACAAGUGCCCAAAUGUUUGCAUACUACUGUAUGUGCUUGAACAGAAAAUGAGCAGAUUGAGCAAAUAUGACAUUAAACAUAAGCCUUUUUGUUUAAAGAACAAGCUUUAUUUGAGAUUUCAGUAUUUUAUUUUUCAAUCUAUAUAUCUAGUUUUGCAUUGCACCAGUGUGUACAAGGACAGUACAAUAAAGCGAUACAGGUUAAAGAUAUGUGCAGUAGCAGAUCAAUUUAGCAUGGAGUGAAAGGAGAAGUCAAAAAAGUGGCUCACAUGAUCACUUAUUCUGUAAGCAUAAGAGAUGCCUAACUGGGGCACAUCAAAUAGGAUUUUAUGGAUAUUGUGCACUAUCAGGUUUAAGCAAUACAUUGUGGGAAAGAAAUGUAUUUAAGAUGACAAGCCAUCACCACCGUGAUGGAUCAUGUUAUUAACAGAGGAAGUACGUGUAGAACUAACAAAGGCCUGACCUUGGCCAAAGUAUUAAUAAUCUGUAGAAGUGUGCACUAAAUAUAAAACACAAGCAGUAAAAAUCUAUACACAAUGUAAACACAGCUUCUGCCAUGCAAACUAGGCCUUUCACAGACGUGUCGCUAAGAAUAAAAUCCAGCAGGAAUUUGGGGAGUUGAAUACAUGUUUCGUGGCAAAGAAGGGGCGGGACUUAGAUGGGAGAAGGGAGUACCUAUUUUAAUUAAAGAAAGGAAGGGGCUAGGAAAUAAUGGUUUCUGAGAGUUGGGAGAUAAUGGUGUCAAGAAUAGAACCUAAGAAACCAAAGCGAACAGGUGGGAAGUACCUAAGUUAAGCUCCACAACAGGAGGAGCUGUCAAAAAUGGAUAAAAAGGAGAUGGAAACCCCCGGGGUUUUCAGAGUGUUUGGGGAAUGAUUGGAUGUCUUGUCUUUGAGUUAUGAACGAUUGUUGUUUGUAUUGAUCUGUGCAGAUCAGCCCAGGUUCCUGUAUGUAAUCUUUGAUUCACCUACAAUAAAUCCAGUUGCAUCAGA